ACGAUUUAAAUGAUCUAAGAAUUAAAAUCAAAGAAAGCAUUAUAACUGAUAAAAAAACACGAAAUAUUGUAAAAGUUUGCAAAUGUAGUUAUGAUAAUUUAACAGAUUUUUGUAUUUGGUGUAAUGAAGAAUAUUGUUCUAAAAGAACAUUAGCUCAUUAUAAUGAUAAUUCUGGUCUAUUUGAUUAUUCUUUAGAUAAAGAAAUAAAAAAACUUUUAAAUCUUUUAGAUAAAUUUGAAUAUAAUGUACAGAUUAAAGAAUCACACAUCAAUUAUUCACCUUUUAUACAAUGUUUCACUUCAAAUAUUCCUUUAGAAGAAUUAUAUAAAUAUGCUAAAACAGAAACAAGAAUUAAAACUAAUGAUUCUUGGAUACCAAAUCGUAAAUAUUAUAAUGCUCUUGAAAGAUAUUUUGAUUAUAUUAUAGAAUAUCAAAGAGUUAAUAAUGAACGCGAACCAUGUAUAGGAGAAU